AUGUCUCGUUUGGUUGUCGAAGAUGAAUCCGGUUUUUUGUCAUCUGACAAUGCUAGCGAACAUUCGCAUACUGAAGAUGAUAAAAAAUGCACAAAAGAUGAGCAUUUGAAAUCGAUGGCAAAUGCUUAUUCAAGUAUUAUUGCUCAUGUUGGAGAAGAUUUGAAUCGACAAGGACUUUUGAAAACUCCUGAAAGAGCAGCGAAGGCUAUGAUGUAUUUUACAAAAGGAUAUGAGCAACAAUUGGAUGGUAGGUUGAGGAUUCAAAAAAUUUGGAAUCUGAAACUUCUAAACUGAUUUCUGAUUUCUAGUAGAUUUUGAUCAGCUGAUCAUUUUCCCACAGUCAAAAUUUACCUAGACCAAUUCUGACAUGAGUUAUGACGUGGUUGGGUAAUUUUUUCCGAAGAAAUUUUGAAACAAACAAUUUUCCAAACAUUAAACCCCAAGUUUGCCUAACUUCGAAAAUUUCCAGAACUCUUAAACGAAGCAGUUUUCGAUGAAGACCACGAUGAAAUGGUAAUCGUAAAAGACAUUGAAAUGUUCUCAAUGUGUGAACAUCAUUUGGUUCCAUUCGUCGGAAAAGUUCACAUCGGAUAUUUGCCCAAUAAAAAAGUGUUGGGAUUAUCGAAAUUGGCGAGAAUUGUUGAGAUGUUCAGUAGAAGAAUGCAGGUUCAAGAGAGAUUGACGAAACAAAUUGCGACUGCAAUGGUUCAAGCUGUUCAACCGGCUGGUGUUGCGGUUGUUGUUGAAGCUAGGUUCGUUUUUUUUUGAGUUGAAUGGGGGGUUUUGAGAAUAUUUUAUUAUUUUUAUGGGGCGUCAAAAAAUCGAAAAAUUCAUGCAAAAAUUUUAGUUUGAUCAAAAAUUGGUGUAAAUUCUCAUUUUUGAAUUUUGGACGCUACAUUUUUUUUCAAAAGAUCUCAAAAUUUCAAAAAAAAAAUUUCUGAAACAAAAUUCCAAAAGUUUUCCACGUCAUUAAUUUUGAGAAUUGAAGAAAGUUCAAUUUUUUUAAUAAUUUAGAAAUAUUUGUUCAAGAGGUCUCAAAAAAAACAUAUUUUUUUUAGAAUUUGCAAUUUUUGAGAUUUUUUUCUGAAGAUUCCAAAAGUUUGUCACAUCACUUAUUUUCAAAGUUGAAGAAAUUUCAAAAUUGAAAUAUUUUUCAAAGUAAUAAACAAUUUUUUAGAAUUCAAAAGUUUUUAGAAUUUUUCUGAAGAUUCCAAAAAUUUGCCACGUUAUAACUUAUUUUCAGAGUUUUAAUCCUGACCUCAAAAAUUUCUCUCAAAUUUUGCCACGUGUCAAAAUUCUCCUCUAAACAAUUUGGAAUCUGUAGCCUAGAAUCAACAAAACUACAGUAUCUCCAAAUUGUCAUCAUCACUAACACCUGUUUUCUUUGUUUCAACAAAAAAAAACCCAAGAUCAUCAAAUAUUUUUGUGUUUCAGUCACAUGUGUAUGGUAAUGCGUGGUGUUCAAAAAAUCAACGCAACAACCACAACUUCGUGCAUGUUGGGCGUUUUUCGAGACGAUCCAAAAACCCGCGAAGAAUUUUUGAAUUUAAUAAGCCGUCGAUAA